UAGAUACGAAUGUCGAUAAUUUAAUAUCACUGUGUAAAAUCUUUAUCUGGAAGAUUAACGAUGCACAAAUUGGACGAAUUUGACAUUUUUAUUUCCAUUAAAUACGCAUGAUUAGUUUCGUAAACGUUAGAUUUAUUUCAAUUUUUAUGCAGACACGAGUAUAUUUUAUAUCGAAGAUUUAGGUUUUCUUAUAGAGAGAAUUAUUUAUUCUGUAAUUUCAUUGUCCCUUGACCACAACUACAGUCGAUGAUAACAGACAAAUUAAAACAAUUUUGUGUUUUUAUUUGUAUUUUAAUCAUGAACACUACAUAUUCGAUUGUUUAUCCAUAAACAUACUGUAAAUAAAUAUUGCGAGAACAUUUUAUUUGUGAAAUAUUUUUAAUUUUAGGUUAUGUUUAUAACACAUCGAUAAAAAAAUGUGCGGAAUAUUUUGUUAUAUUUCACAAAGCCAAGAGAACAAUGUGAAAGUUUCAAGCGAGUGGAAUAUUUGUAAGGAUUUAAUAACUGCUCGUGGUCCUGAUAAAGCAACAGAAAAAUUCGAACAUCUAACUGAAAACUGGUCUGGGCAUUUUGCUGCUUCUGUAUUAUGGAUGCAAGGCUCUAAUUUUACUGAACAACCUGCCAUAGAUUCUAAUGGUAAUAUUCUUCUUUGGAAUGGAGAUAUAUUUUCUGGAAAUUUGGCUCAAGAUAACAUAUGCGAUACUGAUGUGGUAUUGAAUGCUCUCCAAUCAUCACCAACUAUUAUAUCUGUAUUUAAAGAAAUACAAGGGCCAUACAGUUUUGUAUACUUUCAAAAGUCCAGCAACCUUCUGUACUUUGGCAGAGAUACUAUAGGGCGACAUAGUUUGCUCUUAAAAGCAAACACGGAUGAAAACAUUCUGAUAUUAACAUCUGUUGCAAAUAAACAAAUAGAUGGGAUAGUAGAGCUUCCUGCAAUUGGCAUUUUCGUGAUGAAUUUAGCUAAUUUAAGGGUAAAUCUUGCAUGCUAUCCGUGGAGGGAGCCAGACUUACGAUUCACGGACGUUAUCGAAGUAUUGGAAACACAUUUAACCGUGGAUAUCGAUAUUAAAGAAACUAUAUUAGAAUCUGAUACAUUGACAAAUCUACAUUUACACCCAAACGUUAUAGAUUUAGAAUGUUUUGAAAAUAGUCCUUACUUUGAGAAUUCUUACAUGACAUUGCGAUAUUUUUUACAAAAUAAAGAUAUAUACGAAAGAGUAGAUCAACUGUCGAAACUUCUCCAUAAAGCUGUGGAGGUUCGAGUAAAGAAACAACCAAAAUAUUGUAAGAACUGUAUUAAGCUAUUUUUACGCGGUGAAAAUGUUACGUGCGAUCAUGCGAAAAUAGGCGUGUUAUUUUCCGGAGGUUUAGAUUCUGCUAUUUUGGCAUUAAUCGCUGACAAAUAUGUUCCGCAAAAUGAACAUAUCGAUUUGAUCAACGUUGCGUUCGAAAAGUUAGUUAACGCAUCUAUGAAAUCUAAUGCGAACAAUGAAAGACAAUGUGCGCAAAUUCAGUACGAUGUUCCCGAUCGAAAAACCGGAAAGCAGACGUUCUCAGAGCUUUUAAAGAUUUGCCCGAAAAGGAAGUGGAACUUUCUUGAAGUAAAUGUGUCUCAAAUAGAAUUGCAGAAAUAUCGUUCCGCGCGAAUUUCCAAUUUAUUAUAUCCGCUUUGUACGAUAUUAGACGAGAGCUUAGGUUGUGCUGUAUGGUUUGCAAGCCGUGCCAGAGGCACGCUUUCAGCGAGCAACAAUUUUUAUGAAUCACCAUGCAGAGUAGUUUUGUUAGGCAUGGGAGCAGACGAACUGUUCGGUGGAUAUAUGAGGCAUAGGACAAUAUUGAAACAUAAGGGUUGGAACGCCCUAGCGCAAGAAUUAAGUAUCGAAUUAGCUAGAAUUUCGGAACGAAAUUUAGGCCGCGACGAUCGUAUUGUAUCCGAUCACGGGAAACAAUCAAGACUGCCAUACUUGGACGAAAAUAUAGUACAAUAUGUUCAACAAUUGAAACCAUGGGAAAGGUGCUACCCAACAGAUAAAAUGCCAUCUGGUUUGGGAGACAAGUUGUUAUUGCGUUUAUUGGCAUAUAAACUUGGCUUCCAAAAUACUGCUAACUUCCCUAAGAGAGCAUUUCAGUUUGGGUCGCGAAUCGCUAAUGGCAAAGAAAAUGCUAAAGAUGUAUCAGAUAGAUUAUGAAAAUUGACUGGUUUACUGUAGUGUAACUUUGCCAAGUCUGUGAUAUUUAGUGUGUACUGCAGUUUCUGUCUUAUGUUCAAACAUG